CUUAAAGUUGCGCGGACGGAGAAACAAGGCAGGUGUGGGGUGAGGCAGCAAUUCCCUGGGGGCCUCUGCCAAGGGCUGUAGGGAGUUUUGCUCUGAACCACGCACGAAGCUGUGAGCUUGGAGGAAAGGGCGAGGGGGCGGGCUGAAAGACUUACAAAGGAGCAGGGUCGAGCGGCGCUCAGAACUGUCGUUAACAGGGCGGGGCGCCGCAGCGAGCCUGGCGUAAGGGGGCGGGGCGCGCCGUGCAGCCGGAGGCGGGCGGGCGCCAUGGAGCGCUACGCCGGCGCCUUGGAGGAGGCGGGGGACGGGGCCCGGCAGCAGGAGCGGCACUACCAGCUGCUUUCCGCGCUGCAGAGCCUAGUCAAGGAGCUGCCCAGUUCCUUCCAGCAGCGCCUGUCCUACACCACGCUCAGCGACCUGGCCUUGGCACUUCUCGACGGCACGGUGUUCGAGAUUGUGCAGGGGCUGCUAGAGAUUCAGCAUCUCACCGAGAAGAGCCUUUACAACCAGCGGCUGCGCCUGCAGAACGAGCACCGAGUGCUCAGGCAGGCACUGCGGCAAAGGCACCAGGACGCCCAGCAAAUCUGCCGGCCCCACAGCCAGCCAGUGCUCCAGGCAGCCCAGCAGCGGGAACUGGAGGCCAUGGAGCACCGGAUCCGAGAGGAGCAACGGGCUAUGGACCGCAAGAUUGUCCUGGAGCUGGACCGAAAGGUGGCUGACCAGCAGAGCACACUUGAAAAGGCAGGGGUGGCAGGCUUCUACGUGACCACCAACCCACAGGUCAGCACCCAGGUCUGCCUGUCCCCAGCCCAAGUGUUACUAGUCCCCAAAGGCCCAAUCCCAUCUAGGUUUUACUCCUGGUCCCAGGCCAGGGUGUGAUGGAAAUGAGGUUCCCAGAGGGGUUUCUACUCCCAUGGAAGCCAGGCCCGCUGUGCCCUUUAGUGUCUCAUCUUGCAUGCCACUCCCAGUGUACCAAGCCAGCCCUACUGGGGGUGGAGGCCCUGGUUCCCCCCGUUUUGGUGGGCCAUACACAGGCUGCAUUGGGACCCACUGCCUGGCACCUACCUCUGGGCCAGGGCAGAAGGGGGCUGGCCACUACACAGCCCUCACGGGGCCCUCUGCAUGUCAGGAACUGAUGCUGCAGAUGAACCUGCUGGAGCUCAUCCGUAAGCUGCAGCAGAGGGGCUGCCAAGCGGGUAAGGCAGCCCUGUGACAGCACCCUGCACCCACCCGCUGCCCAGCGGCAUGAUGGGCAGCAGGGCACUGAGUGGAAUAUGUCUUCCUAACAUCUGCUGCCUGCAGGGGUUAGCCUUCUGAGGAGAGCCUGGUGGACCCUGGCUGUUCCUGUCACCUCCCUCUAUCUGGGUUUUUCUUUCCUAACUCUAGGAUGGUCUCAUAAAAGGAAGGUACACCCAGCCUGCUCACUGUCUACCCCAAGACUGGGCAGGGAGUAGGAAGGGAGUUCUAGCACUUUCUCAUACCAAGGGGCACAUCCUGACCCUACAGGGCCCAAGUGCUUGUUCUGGACUCAAACCUUUCCUUGGCUGUGACAGCUCCCAUACGAAGGGACACUUAAGUCCUAAGCCCGAGGUGACUCAGAGAAAUAAAGAUGCCUUGUGUUCUGCA